UUUCUUUCAGUGUUUUACAUUGUUUAAAGUGAUGGAAAGUGUGCUCGUGCCCGGUGAAAAACCGGUGCGCCUUUUGCAGUGGUUGGUUAAAGUUGGUGACUGGCUUAAAUAUGGAACACCUGUUGCUAUAUAUCGUUGCAUUGAGGACCCAUCCACUGGUGUCAAAUCAAAGGAGAUGGAGUUAAAAUCCAGGAAAGUUGGAAAGGUCAAAAAGUUUGCAAUGGAAGUUGGACAAGUCGCAAAACCAGGAGGCAUGAUCCUAGAAAUGGAAGCUUGUAGCCAUCCUGUUGUCAUGAAAGAUAUGUGCGCUGAAUGCGGUGUAGAUUUACGAAUGGUAAAAAGACGAUGUGAGAAACAAGCUCAUGUCUCCAUGAUUCCAUCCGUCCCUGAGCUCAAAAUUAGCAAACAGCAAGCAGAAGAAAUUGGAAAUCAAGACAAAUCAAGGCUUCACAAACUAAACAAACUUGUUUUGCUGGUUGACCUUGACCAGACUCUUAUCCAUACAACACAGAAUCAAGCUUUUGCUGCUAUGUGCAGUGAAGAAAAGGAUUUCUUCACCUUUCAGCUGCAUAAAAAUGAGCCCACCCUGUACACAAAAUUAAGGCCAUACUGCCGGGAAUUUUUGCAGGAAAUAUCAAAAUGUUACGAACUACAGGUGGUAACAUUUGGAUCUCGUUUAUACGCGCAUAAGAUUGCAGAAUUCAUUGAUCCGAAGAAGAAGUUUUUUGCUAACAGAAUAUUAUCACGGGAUGAGUGCAUUAAUCCAAUGAAAAAAUCUGGUAAUUUAAGGCAUUUAUUUCCUUGUGGAGAUUCCAUGGUUUGUAUCAUUGAUGAUAGAGAUGAUGUAUGGAGCAGCGCGCCUAAUCUUGUUAUGGUCAAGAAGUAUUCCUAUUUUCCAGGUUCUGGUGAUAUUAACAGUCCUGAUAAAGUGGAAGCAAAAAAACAAACUGGUGAUACUGCAAAAUCAGAAACCUCAAAAGAAGUAGACAAACCGCAGGAAGUUGAAACUGAAAGCCCUGCAGUUGACAACAAUUCAAACAAUACAAGAAAACGUAAAUCAGAAACAGAUGAAAAUGAUAAAAGUUCAAAAAUAAUGAAAAACUCUCACGAUGGGUGCGAUGAAAAUGAACAAAAAGUCAAGGAAAAAAUUAUAAAACAAACAAAUAAUGGUGGAAAUAAAAAGGUGGAAUGUGAAACUAAGAUGGAAUGCAACAAUGAUGCAGAUAAGCCUGAAGUAAUGAUUGAUGCUUCAAAGAACAAAGAAGAAGAAGAUGAGAAAAAUGAUAACUCUGAGGAUGUUGUCCUCUCUUCCGAUUCAGAAUCUGACUCUUCAUCUGACUCGAGCUCAAGCUCUUCUGGGAGCGAGAACUCAAAAGAUCAAAUUGCUGAAACGAAUUCCGUUGAACAAAGCUGUCAAGUCAGUACAUCAGCAUCAUCUACUGAAUCUAAUGGAACAUCGAACACUGAUAACACAACAGCUUCUUCAAAGGAAAACAUUAAAAACAAGUCAGAAAUUAACACUGACUCCACAGUGCCAUCGGAUGUUGUUAGUAUUUGUAAAACUACCACCAUCGAUAAUGGGAGUCAUUCUGCAACAGCAGUGUGUCAAAAAAAAGAAAACAAUUCUCAAGUAUUGGCCGACCAUGAUGAUUAUUUGAAGUAUUUACAAAGCAUCCUCACAUGUAUACAUUAUACUUAUUAUGACGCAUACAAGAAGCAUUUAAAUGGUGAAUUUGAACAUCCACCUGAUUUACGAGGUGUCGUUCCUUUCCUACGAAGCAAGGUUUUAUAUGGAUGUUGUAUUGUUUUGACUGGAAUAAUUCCAAAUAAUUUUAAAGCUGCUCCUCACAUGCACCGAGCUCACAUCGUUGCUCGGCAAUUAGGAGCUGCAAUUAAUUCAACGGUGGAUGAAAAUACAACUCAUCUCAUUGGUGCAAAGAAAGGUACAGCCAAGUAUCAGGAUGCUCUUAAAAUGGGGAAGAAAAAGAUUCAUAUGGUUUCCAUUGAAUGGCUGUGGGCUUGUUCAGAUAGGUGGGAACGAGUAUCUGAGAAAUUAUUCCCAAUGCCAUCAAAGUCGUCCCGUCACUCGAGAAGCAGAAGUGGGACACCACCAGUUCAUAAAUCUGUCAAUGUCACGCCUGCGCAAACAUCAGAGAAAAGAUAUGAUGCUGUCACUGGUAAACUUCUCAAGAAAGUGUUGGAUCCCAGGUUUGAGUUCAUGGUGUCUGAGGCUGUUACAAGGAAACAGAAGAGGAAGAGUCCGCUGUACACAUCAUUGAAAAAUCCUGAGAAAGUAAUUCCUGUGCAAUUUAACCAAAGUUCAAAUGAAGCGAGUACCUCCACUGCUGUUUCUGCAACAAGAACACGCAAGCCAAGUAUGGCUGAGGUAAUGGGGAUUGGUUACACACUUUCAUCUAAUGAUAUUGAGGAUAUGGAUAAAGAAGUUGAAGACCUGAUGAACAGUGAUGAAGAUGAUGGAGAUGAACUAGGCACAAAGAUUGAUCGUCCUGUUUCAUCAUCCAGUGAAAGUAGUUUGCUUGCUACCAGGUCAGAUUCAAAGCCGUUAAAUCCGGAUUCGAUUUUAACAAAAAUCUCUGAAUCUUCCUCAUCGUCCAAUAAUGUUUCAUCUUCAGAGGAAGAGUUUGAUCACAUGGCUGAAUUGUUGGAUCAUGAAAUGCAUUAUGAUGAGGACAGUGUCAAUCUGGAUGAUAUGGAUUAAGCAUGACAGCUUGACUUGUAGCAUGAUUUUUUUAUUUUUAAAUUUAAAACCAGGUGGUUUAAGUAAGAUUGUGUUGUUGUUUCCCUUUUUUUACCAGUUUUGUGCAAACAGUUGAAGUAGUUCUUUAGGAUUUUAAAUUUUAUCAUCCUAAUUUGUAAUGAAAGGAUGAAAUCUUGGAACCGAUGCAGUGAAGCUGGUGUUUAGAAGAAUGUUUGUGUCUGACUGAAAUCAUGUGCUGCUAGAGUAAUGCACUCGUUGUUAAUUGUUCCGGUUGUUGUUAAUCAUUCAUGCUUAUUCAACAAGCAAGCAAUUUCAAUUUUGUAGUUUGCUUAUUUGCUAACUAUGUGUUGUAUGUGUCAGUUUGUGUGGUAAAAUUUUGAAGGAUCAAGUCAUUUUUCGAUUCGUUGAAACCAAAUUUUACUGUGAUGUUUGCAGAUUGAUUCGUUUUUCUAACGCCAUAUUUUUAUCCACUGCCGUGUAAUAAAAACAUUUUUGUACCCCU